AUGGGACUUGUUCCAUGUCCCUUGCCAUGUCACACAAGCACAGAAGAAUCUCAUGAAGAUCACUCCAAUAUUUCCAAUCACCUCCUCCAAUCAGAAGCAUCAACCACUACCUCCUCCUCUCUAUCUUCCCAACCAAGUUUACCAUCUGUCCUUUCUCUCACUACCUCAAUCUCCAACCAACUUCAACUUGUUCUAGAAGCCCCAACCACCCACCACCUCUGCAUAGCCACCCUCAAAACCCAAACCUCCUCCUCCUACGUAUGCUCCCUAGCCCUCUCCGGAAACUUCCUAUACAGCGGCUUAUCCAACGGUCAGAUCAUAGCAUGGAGCCGAUUACACCCUUCAUCACCCAACAAGGUGGUAGCCACCACCAACAGCACCGUUAAGUCUCUAGCGGUCAUUGGGGAGCUACUAUUCAGCGCUCACCAAGACCACAAAAUCCGAGUCUGGAAAAUCGACAUCAAUCUCAUCACAAACCCACACGGUCAUCAAAAACACUUCAAAUGCAUCGCCACCCUCCCCACCCUAAAAGACCGGGUCCCACGAUUCUUCUCUCCCAAGGACUAUGUGCAAAUCCGGCGACACAAGAAGUGCACCUGGGUGCACCACGUCGACACAGUCUCCGCCCUAGCCAUAUCCAACGACGGGUCGUUUCUCUACUCCGCCUCGUGGGACCGCACGUUCAAAAUCUGGCGGACGUCGGAUUUCAGAUGCUUGGAGUCGGUGAGCAACGCCCACGACGACGCCAUCAACGCUAUAGCAUCGUCGCGUGACGGGGAGUUCGUCUACACCGGCUCUGCAGACAAGAAAAUAAAGGUGUGGAAGAAAGUUAAUAAGUCAGUCGUGCUUGAUGCUACGCUGGAGAGGCACAAGUCGGCUGUGAAUGCUUUGGCUUUUAGCUCCGAUGGCUCUGUGCUCUACUCCGGUGCCUGCGAUCGGUCAAUUUUAGUGUGGGAAAGAGAUAGUGAUCAUGUUCGUGGCGUUAAAGGCGGUGGCAUGGUGGUAGUGGGUGCGCUGAGGGGACACAGCAAGGCCAUAUUGUGCUUGGCUGUGGUGGCGGAUUUGGUGUUUAGUGGGUCGGCGGAUUGUAAUGUUAGGGUUUGGAGGAGAUCAGGGCGGCUAGUUGAUGAUGAUCAUAAUAGGAGCAUCGGCUAUUCUUGCUUGGCUGUGUUGGAAGGUCACAGGAAGCCCGUCAAGUGUUUGACUGCAGCUUGUAACAAUAGAAGUGAGGAUUCUGAUGAUUCUGAUGAUUCUGGUGAUUCUUUUCUUGUUUACAGUGGUAGUUUGGAUUGUGAUAUUAAGGUCUGGCAAAUACAUGCUCCCUUUUUUUAA